AUGGAUGACAGAUGCUACCCAGUGAUCUUUCCAGAUGCUCGGAAUUUCCGCCCCUUCACUGCUGACACUCUGGCUACCAUUAAAAAGCGGAUUGCCAUCCAAAAGGAGAAAAAGAAGUCCAAAACUCUGACGUCGGAUGAACCCGUGCCUCGGCCUCAGCUUGAUUUGAAGGCCUCCAGGAAGUUGCCCAAACUCUAUGGGGACAUUCCCCGUGAGCUGGUAUCAAAGCCCUUGGAAGACUUAGACCCAUUCUACAGAAAUCAUCAGACAUUUAUGGUGUUGAAUAAAAAGAGGACAAUCUACCGCUUCAGUGCCAAGCGUGCCUUGUUCAUUUUUGGGCCUUUCAAUCCAGUUCGAAGUUUAGCCAUUAGAAUCUCCGUUCACGCCCUGUUCAGCAUGUUCAUCAUCUGCACGGUCAUCAUCAACUGUGUGUUCAUGGCCACCGCUGGGGUGAAGGAGAGCAACAGCACAGACACCAACACUGCCGAGUAUGUCUUCACUGGGAUUUAUAUAUUUGAAGCUUUGAUAAAAAUAUUGGCAAGAGGUUUCAUUCUGGACGAGUUUUCUUUCCUUCGAGAUCCGUGGAAUUGGCUGGACUCCAUAGUCAUUGCAACAGCGGUUGUGUCAUUUUUUCCAUACGUCUCAGUAAACCUGUCAUCUCUGCGCACCUUUCGAGUGUUACGAGCCUUAAAAGCAAUUUCUGUAAUUUCAGGUCUGAAAGUUAUUGUUGGGGCCCUGCUGCGCUCUGUGAAGAAGCUUGUUGACGUGAUGAUCCUGACUCUUUUUUGCCUCAGCAUCUUUGCCCUGGUAGGGCAACAGUUCUUCAUGGGAAAUCUAAGCUACAAAUGUGUCAGGAAUGACUGUCCUCCGAACACCAACAAUGAAUCUUGCUUUGAAAAGAAAAAAAAUUCCAAUGAAUUCAGACUGUGUGGCACCUGGAUGGAAAAUGUCAGUGCCUGUUCUGAUGGAUUUGGGUGCCAUCCUACUGCCUGCAAUCCAGACUAUGGCUAUACGAAUUUUGACAAUUUUGGCUGGUCCUUUCUUGCCAUGUUCAGACUUAUGACCCAAGAUUCCUGGGAGAAACUUUAUCAACAGACCUUGCGGACCUCUGGGCUCUACUCGGUCUUCUUCUUUGUCUUGGUCAUCUUCCUGGGCUCCUUCUAUCUGAUUAACUUAACCCUGGCUGUGGUGACUAUGGCUUAUGAGGAGCAGAACAGGAACGUGGCGGCUGAAACAGAGGCCAAGGAGAAGAUGUUCCAGGAAGCCCAGCAGCUAUUAAGGGAAGAGAAAGAGGCUCUGAUUGCCAUGGGAAUUGACCGAAGUUCACUUAAUUCCCUUGAAGCAUCAUCUUUUUCCCCAAAGAAGAGAAAGCUGUUUGGUAGUAGUAAAAGGAAAUCCUUCUUUUUGAGAAAGUCUAGGAAAGACCAGGCUCCAGGAUCAGAUUCUGAAGAAGAUUCUCCAACAAAGCCACCUCUUCUUGAGCAAACAAAAAGACUGUCCAAGAAUCUGUCAGUGGAGCACCCUGAUGAGCUUGGAGACCCCUUCCAAAGGCAGCGGGCUCUGAGUGCUGUCAGUAUCCUCACCAUCACCAUGCAAGAACAAGAAAAAUCAGAGGAGCCUUGCCUCCCAUGUGGGGAAAACCUGGCAUCCAAAUACCUCGUGUGGGACUGUAGCCCUCACUGGUUGGCCAUUAAGAAGCCCCUAAAAAUUGUGAUGACUGACCCCUUUACUGAACUGGCCAUCACAAUCUGCAUCAUAAUCAACACGAUCUUCUUGGCUAUGGAGCAUUACCCAAUGGAGAAGGAUUUUGAAAAUAUGUUGAACACAGGGAAUUUGGUUUUCACCGGGAUCUUUUUGGCAGAAAUGUGCCUAAAAAUUAUUGCUCUCGAUCCCUAUCACUACUUUAGUCGAGGCUGGAAUGUUUUUGACAGCAUUGUUGCUCUUCUGAGUUUUGCUGAUGUGAUGCACACUCGGAUUUCGGAGAAGUUGCAUGAUCGAAGUGUAGAUCGAAGGUCCUAUAUUCGUUCUUUUAGAGUGCUGAGGGUCUUCAAGUUAGCCAAGUCCUGGCCAACUUUAAACACACUGAUUAAAAUUAUCGGCCACUCAGUCGGAGCUCUUGGAAACCUCACUGUGGUCCUGACCAUCGUGGUCUUCAUCUUCUCAGUGGUCAGCAUGCAGCUUUUUGGUUUUCACUUUAAUUCCACAAGAACUGCUUCAAGCUCCUGUGUCAAUGCACUUCCAGUCUCACCACAGAAACGACGCUGGCACAUGGGGAAUUUCUUUCAUUCCUUUCUGGUGGUGUUCCGCAUCCUCUGCGGGGAAUGGAUUGAAAACAUGUGGGAAUGUAUGCAGGAAACGGAUGACACACUGUGCAUCAUUGUCUUUCUCUCCAUCAUGGUGAUAGGCAAACUUGUGGUACUCAACCUCUUCAUCGCAUUGCUGCUCAAUUCCUUCAGCAAUGAGGAGAAAGAUGGAAACUCAGAAGGAGAUGCCAAGAAAACCAAAGUUCAAUUAGCCCUAGAUCGGUUCUACCGGGCCUUUCGUUUUGUGAUAAAUACUCUUCAACACUUUUGUUGCCAGUAUUGUAGGAGGAAAAAGCUAUCAAAACAAAAAGAGGUGACAGAUGUGCUUUCCACAGAAACCAAAGAAAUCAUUCCCUUGGUCAUAGAGAUGAAAGGGGGUUCAUGUGAUGAAUUUGGACUUCAAACUUCUGCAUCAAAGACCUUGAAUGUUGGCCAAGAUCGAAUUUGGUUGGCUCCACUUGCAGAGGAAGAAUAUGAUUUUGACAAUCUUCCCAAAAUUAAUGUACCCGAGACUGAGAAAAAGGUUUAUGCAGGCCCCCAGGAGACCAAGAGCACAAACAGUCCAGCAGUUCCAACUGUAGAAAUUGUUGUGUUUUCUGAUGAUACCUCUCCUUCAAUGCAGAAUCCCCAAAAGAAUUUUGAUGCCAUCAGCUUACUUUCAGAUUGUAGCACCAUUGAUCCACAGAAUGCCAUGCCGGUAUCUGACAUUGUUCCCAAAAAGCAACCUGGGAGAUGUUUGCCCAAAGGUCUGCGUUUCUGCUUUCCAUGCUGUGUUGUGGACAAGAGAAAGUCCCCCUGGAUGCUCUGGUGGAACCUGCGGAAAACCUGCUACCAAAUAGUAAAACACAGUUGGUUUGAGAGCUUUAUUAUCUUUGUGAUUCUUCUGAGCAGUGGGGCACUGGUAUUUGAAGAUGAUUUCCUGGAAACGAGACCUCAAAUUAAAGAAUUACUUAAUUACACCGACAAAUUUUUCACAUUCAUUUUUAUCCUGGAGAUGGGUUUGAAGUGGGUGGCCUUUGGAUUUAGGAAGUAUUUCACCAAUGCCUGGUGCUGGCUGGAUUUCAUCAUUGUGAUUGUCUCUGUGACAACACUCAUCGAUGCAGGAAUCUUGAGACCUUUCCGGAUUCUCCGAGCACUGCGGCCCCUCAGAGCCCUCUCCCAGUUCGAAGGGAUGAAGGUAGUGGUUUAUGCACUCAUGGGUGCCAUACCUGCCAUUCUGAACGUUUUGCUUGUCUGCCUCAUUUUCUGGCUCAUCUUUUGUAUCCUGGGCAUAAACUUUUUUUCUGGGAAAUUUGGAAAAUGCGUUAAUGAGACAGAUGGGAACUCAGAUCUCAGUGAUAGCAUUGUGACAAACAAAAGUGAAUGUGAAAGCAGAAAUUUGUCCUGGACCAACCUCAAAGUCAAUUUUGACAAUGUAGGAAUGGCGUACCUUUCCCUGCUGCAGGUGGCAACAUUCAAAGGUUGGUUGGACAUUAUGGAUGCAGCAGUUGAUUCUAGAGAGCAAGAACAGCAGCCAAGCUUUGAGGAGAAUAUAUACAUGUACAUUUACUUUGUCGUUUUUAUCAUCUUUGGCUCAUUCUUCACUCUGAAUCUCUUUAUUGGUGUUAUUAUUGACAACUUCAACCAACAACAAAAAAAGAUAAGUGGCCAAGACAUUUUUUUGACAGAAGAACAGAAGAAAUACUAUAAUGCAAUGAAAAAAUUAGGAUCCAAAAAACCUCAAAAGCCUAUUCCAAGACCUCUGAACAAAUGCCAGGGUUUCGUGUUUGACAUAGUCACAAGCCAGGUCUUUGACAUCAUCAUCAUCAGCCUCAUUAUUCUCAACAUGAUUUGCAUGAUGGUUGAAUAUCAUGGACAAGAUAAAGACAUGAAAUACACGCUUGAUCUUCUCAACACAGCCUUUGUGGUCAUCUUUACAAUUGAGUGUCUCAUCAAAAUCUUUGCUUUGAGGCAGUACUACUUCACCAAUGGCUGGAAUUUAUUUGAUUGUGUGGUCGUGGUCCUUUCUAUUGUUAGUACACUCAUUUCUGCCUUGGAAAGUCAUCAACAAAACAUUCCUUUCCCUCCAACACUCUUCAGAAUUGUGCGCUUGGCUCGGAUUGGCCGAAUUCUGAGACUUGUUCGGGCAGCACGAGGAAUUCGGACUCUCCUUUUUGCUCUGAUGAUGUCCCUUCCCUCCCUAUUCAACAUCGGUCUUCUGCUCUUUCUGGUCAUGUUUAUUUAUGCCAUUUUUGGUAUGAAAUGUUUUAGCAAAGUAGAACCAAACGCUGGGAUUGAUGACAUAUUCAACUUCAAAACUUUUGUCCACAGCAUGCUGUGUCUCUUUCAGAUCACCACAUCCGCAGGCUGGGAUACUCUUCUCAGCCCCAUGUUGCAACCAAAAAUGAACUCCUCUAACUCUCAGUCAAAGGAGAAUCACCUCCCUACCAUAGCCAUAACGUACUUUGUAAGUUACAUCAUCAUCUCCUUUCUCAUCGUUGUCAACAUGUACAUUGCUGUGAUUUUAGAGAACUUCAACACAGCCACUGAAGAAAGUGAGGACCCUUUAGGGGAAGAUGACUUUGAUAUAUUCUAUGAGGUCUGGGAAAAGUUUGACCCAGAAGCAACACAGUUUAUCAGUUAUUCUGCCCUUUCUGAUUUUGCUGAUGCCCUUCCUGAGCCUUUGCGUGUGCCCAAACCAAAUAGAUUUCAAUUCCUAAUAAUGGACUUGCCCAUGGUUAAUGGAGAUCGACUCCACUGCAUGGAUAUCCUCUUUGCUUUUACCACGAGAGUGCUUGGUAACUCCAGUGGCCUGGAUAGCAUGAAGGCAAUGAUGGAAGAGAAGUUUAUGGAAGCCAACCCUUUGAAGAAGUUGUAUGAGCCCAUUGUCACCACCACAAAGAGAAUGGAAGAGGAGAGAUGUGCUUCUAUCAUUCAAAAGGCCUUUCGAAAGCACAUGAUCAGGAUGACGAGGUGUCUCUUAGAAGAUAGGCCUCAUGAAAUACUCCAGACUCUUUACGAUGGAGAUUUGCCCAAUGCUGGGGUGGCCGAGGGCAAAGUCCACUAUGACUGA